UAAAGUUUAAUGAUUUCUGAUAUGGUCGAACUAUUUUAAUUUGCUGAUAUUGAUUAAUGUAUUUGCCUGGACAAGAGAUACUGAGAUGCAAUGAAAUGCAGCUGAAAUGUGAUUUUAGACAUGAUUGUAUGCUGGACAUUUACCACAACAACCCGCAGAGGUAAACAACAGUCAGUGAAAUGUAGGCCAAGAGGGGAAAAGUCAGUAACAGCAUUGAGUCACUGAUAAACAGUAUCAGCACUGAUAAACAGUAUCAGCAUUGAUAAACAGUAUCAGCAUUGAUAAACCUAGCAAUACAGGAAGCUGGCGUCAUGUGAUCCUGCAGAUAUGCUGGAUAAAAUGUGUCAGUCUUGUCGAGGAAUCGUUACUCUUUGCCAUCCAGACCAUGGUGGACCAUUUAUGGUAGAAACGAUUAGCCAGUGUCUGGGAACAUCUUUGGAAUUAAUUCCCUCUUGAAUUAACACAAUGGUGCAAUCUUGGUGUACAGACAUCGACCUUGGCAUAUCUCUGCAUCUUCCACAGAACUGUAGGAGUUGUAAUGACCCUAUCUAUUUGAAAGUUUUUAGCAUUAGUUUUUAAACCUUGAAGAUACAGAUCUUCUUGGAGUUUGAUCAGUCUAUAGUCUGUAAAUAUGGCAGCCAGCAAUGAAAAUCUUCAAAAUGGUUACCAUGAAGAUAACAGUAGUAACCGUAGCAACAUUUCUCCAGAUCGGGAUGAUCUCCCUUCAAUGCCGUGGUUUGGAAUGGAUAUUGGAGGAACUUUAACAAAGUUGGUUUAUUUUGAACCUACAGAUAUUUCUGAUAUAGAGGAACAAGAAGAAGUAGAAACUUUAAAAACAAUACGUAAAUAUUUGACAGGAAAUGUUGCAUAUGGUAGUACAGGAAUACGAGAUGUCCAUCUUGAAAUGGUUGCACAGUCUAUUGGUGGCCGCCAAGGAACAUUACAUUUUAUCCGAUUCCCAACCAGCAAUAUGAUGACUUUUAUUGAAAUGGCUAAAGCUAAGAAUUUUUCAAGUUUAGCAAGUGCAAUAUGUGCCACAGGAGGAGGGGCUUAUAAAUUUGAAGAUGAUUUUAAAAAGUAUGUUGAUUUAGAUCUACAUAAAUAUGAUGAAUUAGAAUGUUUAUUAAAAGGUAUCCAUUAUAUAGAUAGAUAUAACUCAAGUAGCGAAUGUUAUUACUGGAAAUAUACUGAUAAUAUACAACAGUGUGAAAAAGUUCCCUUCGAUUUCCGUGACCCCUAUCCAUAUUUGGUGGUGAAUAUAGGGUCAGGGGUCAGUAUUUUAGCUGUGAGGUCACCAACAGAUUAUAGGCGUGUUAGUGGCACCAGUCUAGGUGGUGGAACUUUUGUAGGAUUAUGUUGUUUAUUAACUGGUUGUGAGACGUUUGAAGAAGCUAUAAGACUAGCAUCAGAAGGUGAUAGUACAGGUGUUGAUAAAUCUGUUAGUGAUAUAUAUGGUGGAGACUAUGAUAAAUUUAAUCUGAAAGGUUCUACUGUAGCUAGUAGUUUUGGUCAGAUGGUAACACCAGAGAAAUGUCAAACAGCUAGUCGAGCAGAUUUAGCCAAGGCAACUCUUGUUACUAUAACUAAUAAUAUAGGUUCUAUAGCUAGGAUGUGCGCUGUUACUGAGAAAAUAGAGCGAGUAGUAUUUGUUGGUAAUUUUCUACGUGUAAAUACAAUAUCUAUGAAAUUAUUAGCACAUGCCAUGGAAUAUUGGUCUAAAGGUGCUCUAAAAGCUUUAUUUCUAGAACAUGAGGGAUAUUUUGGUGCAACUGGCUGUUUAAUGGAAUAUUUACGACUUGGACAUCCACAUAUUAAUGAUGCAAACAAUUCAACCAAUCAUAGUAGUCAUAAAUAUAAUCAUACAAAAACUAGUGAACAUGGAGAUAAUUUAAAUAAUGGUGAAAUUUUACACAAUAGUGAACAGUCACUAAAUGGUGAACAUUCCGUAAAUGGUGAACAUCCAUAUGGUGGGGACCAUUCUCCAAAUGCUGAAUCUUCUCAAAAUAUACAUACUAGUGAACCAGUUAAAUUAAACAGAAUAGAAACCAAAAGUGACAAUAUAAUUAAUGGUAAAAAUGUUUCAGAUAUAUCAACAAAAGGUGAAAGUUCAAAGGUUGCAGAGGAUCAUUAUCAUAUAAAUGGCACAGAAGGAUAACCAUCAUAUAUUAUCAUUUAUAUAGUUCAAAGUUCAUCGAAAGUGACCAACUUUGGGAACAGUUAUAGCUUUAUAUUUCAAAUGUACAAAGUCUUCCAUCAGUGUGUCAUUAAAUUAAAUUUUUGCCAUUGAACUAUCUGAUUUCAAUCAAAUAUUGAUGAAAUAUAUGUUGUAAUGAAAACUGUCACAGUGUCACUGAAAUCACAGUGAAUAAUAUAUAAAGUGAAACAUCUAGACAUACAAACAUCAUACUGUAAAACAUAAAAUUAUUGCGAAAAUUGCGAGCGAACCCCUCUCGCAAUAAUUUCAUGUUCGCAAUAAUUUCGUGAAAAUUCGUUAAAAUGUCGGCCAUAUUGAAUUACUCCCCCUUCAUUACUCUUCACAAGAAAGAGUCCCAAUAAGUACAUUAGAAUCUGUAUGAGCAGCCACUCCUAUUCAGCGACACCUCCUUGUAAGCGGUGGCCAUAAAUUGCCCCUGUAAGAAUUCUGUUGUUUCAUCUCUUUAUUCAACGGUCACUCCUCUAACGUGGCCAGCGGUCACUAUUUUACAAAUAAAUUCAACAAAACAUCGCCCAUUCAACGGCCAUUGUUGAAUGUUAGCAUCUUGUCGUUCUAUGUAACACCCCCGCUAAUCCCGUGUGUAGUAGUUAAUUAACUGGACCCCCACUGAUCAGGUAAAAAGAAAUGUAACCCGGGAUUAUCUAUUAAUUAAUCUUGUCAUUGUUUUCACGCGUAACCACACAUUAUUUGAUACUGAUUGAAUAAAAUAAAAGUACAGAGUUUUGUCACGAUCAUCUAGUAUCUCUUUUCCAUUGCCACUUUAUUGUUAAACAGACUUUUUAGUGCCUCCUAUAAUAUAACAUACAGAGUUACACCCCCUGUAAAUAGUAGAUAAAAUUAGCGGUGUUUUUUUGUUCAUGUGCUUUUUUGAUAAAAUAAAAUUAAUUCAUCGAUUUUCUUCACGAAAAUGGAUAACUAUUAUCGAAUGCAUCACAAUGGUGGACAGUAGUAUCGAAGGUUGGUAAAAAAUGACAAGUUUACACUAUUAGCUGUUACUGUUACCAAUCAACCGAUGUUUUAAAGAGCCGACUGUCACCUCAAAGCUAUAAUCCUCAAUAGUUGUUUAUUUACUCUUACUAAUGAUCACCAAUCAACCGAUGUUUUGAAGAGCCGACUGUCACCCCAAAAUUAACAAUCUACCACAUUUUAUAGACAAAAUUACUAAAAAAAAUUAUUAAAAUUCGCAAUAAUUUCAUGUCGCAAUAAUUUUUUCCCCACUAUAGAAAUUCGCAAUAAUUUCAUGUCGCAAUUAUGUUUCACCACCGCACCUCGCAAUAAUUUCAUGUCGCAAUAAUUUCAUGUUUUACAGUAGUCAAUAGUAAUAUAUUACCUGUAACAUCUAGACAUACAAACAUCAUAGUCAAUAGUAAUAUAUAACCUGAAACAUCUAGACAUACAAACAUCAUAGUCAAUAGUAAUAUAUAACCUGAAACAUCUAGACUGUCGAUAAUAUAUAACCUACAAAUAUCAACAGAACAAUUAAUAAACAGAACGACUGGGAAAUGCUUGAACAGUAACAGAUACUGUCAAGUAAUAUUCUUUGAGUAUAUUUUGAUGGCCCACUUUGGACAAUGACAGAAAAAUUGUUUUAUCAUAAACACCGAAACUGGGCCAAGAAACUGUGACAGACCUUAAUUAAUGAACAAGAUAUUAUAUUGCUUAAUUUAUCUAUAUAAUUUUUUACAGCUUAGGGUCCAUAUACUUACUGGGGCAUUGUUUAUUUGUACACAUAGGGGAAUUUUUACCAUUUGUUGACCAGUUAUUUGUUUGAUUCCGAGGAUGGCAUCUAUUUUUGUGAAAAGUAUUGUUAACGGAAAUUAUGUUCGUGAAUAUUAAGUACAUUAUUUAUAAACAAUUUCCAAUUUUAUUUGGUAAUUACUAAACCAAUUUAUUUCAUUUUGAAUUUCUGUGCAGUAAGAACUAAAAAGAAUGACAGAAGAUGUUUAAUUGUCGAUCCAGAAUUAACAUAAUGAAAUACAGCUAACAGUUUGUUGAGAUAUUUUCUUGUGCCACUAUGCAUGGGAUUGAGAGAAUGGAAUUCCACAAUGUUCAUCAAGCAUAAAGUUCAAUUGAGUAUUCCCAAAUUGUUAUGUGUGCAGUAGAUUGAUAAUAAUAUACUAGGGGUAAACUAUAGUGGCUGCAAUCACUUUAUACUGAUGGACUUCAAUAUGAUAUUAUUGGGUUUUAGUUUUAGGGUGAGACAUGCCUUGUUCAUAAGUCUGGAAAUAAGGCACCGGUUUCACACAAUGGUACAGAUUCGUUUUUUAUCAGUGUUUUUAUUGAUAUUAAUAUUUAAAAUGUAGGGAAUAACUUUAAUAGUGUCUGACAUUUGUUCAGGCUCAUUUUUGCUGGAAGCUACCUUAAUAUAGUGAGCUAAGUCCUAAACUCCUACUAAAUAUUCUGAAUCAAAUUCCUAAAAUACAAAUAUUUUGUGUUUAUUGAAGAUAACUGUAUUUUAUUGAAUCAAGGGUUUAAAUUAAAUUAUAUAUGUUAAUGAUAUUUUUCUUUUACAUAUUUAUUUGUUAUUGUUGAAUGUAAAUUUGUUUAAUAGUUAUUUAUGAAUUGAUGCCAUUGUUAAUUUCUAUUAAUUAUUCAAACUUGAAAUAUUGCCAUCACCAGGAAUUUUUGUGUCAUGAAUUUUGUUGGAUGUUUGAUGAUACUGCUGGAUGUUAUGUAAAAGAUCACAUGAAUACAUAUUGAAAUUUAUAAUGUAAGGGGUCACAAUACUUUAUAAUUUAAUGUUUUUAAGAUUGAUAUGAAUAGUUUGAAUUUCAAGUGAGAGGAGAAGCUGUUUUCCAAAUUUCUUGGCAGUUGAUAACUUACCAUCUUUUUUUGCCAUUUCUAGCUAUUGAAGUUGAAAUUAAGUAAGCAUGUAUUCAGUUACCGUAAUCAAACAGCUUGCGAGCUCAUCCCAGUUGAACAAUCAGCAUAUGAGCACAUUUAGUUGACCAAUCAGAUUGCAAGCACAUUCAGUUGACCAAUCAGAUUGCAAGCACAUUCAGUUAACCAAUCAACAUGCAAGCACAUGCUCAUUUAAUGGAUCAGAAUAUGAGCUGGAUAUAAAUGACAAAUCAAAGAUGAACAAUGAUAUUAAUAGUGUCUAUCGCUUAUGACAUAUUCUUUAAAUAUGCUGGAAAGUUACUUGGCAAACUAUUUUUUGGUUUUACAAGAGAACUGUAAAAGAUUGGUUCUGGAAUUUUAGUGUAUGUACAUAAUAUGGGAUCGUUAGUACUAUUUAUUGAGGAUCUGAAAGUGCAUUUAUAUUAAAUUAUAUUACUGGGGUACAAAACUUUUAAUGUGAAUAUUGUAUAUUAAUUUGGUACACAAUAUGAUUUGGGAACCAAGAAACUUAUUUAUUGAUUUUUUUUAAGAAGAAAGGGAUGCAUAAUGUAUAAAAUGAUAAAUAUAUUGUAAAAAUAAAAUAUUUCCAAUAC